AGAUUAAGGUUAACAAGUCUAUGACAGUUCCACCGAACUCGGUAGCAUUGGUACCCUGUUCUGUGGAGACUAAGCUUGAUACCUUUGUUGUUGAGGGGGUAGGAGUGGACCUCAUAGUGCCUAUGUCGGUACAUACAGGUGAGGGAAAGUUGAGGCUCGCUAUGCUGAACCCGUCCGAUCAUUCGGUAAAGGAUAGGAAAGGGCGAGUAGUGGGUAGAGCGGAAGAGGCUAGGCUUGUAAAACCGGUGCCACAGGAGUUUUCUCCUGACCGGUUUGUGGAGGGGCUGGAGAAUCGUACUGAAGCAGAAUUGCCAGAGCACCUUCAUGACCUUAUGGAAAGGGCACGAGUAGACCUGACCAUAGGGGAGCGACUGGCCAAUGAUUAUGAUUUCUGUUUUACACAGAAGUGGCUGAUGCAUGGAACUGAGCCACCUGAUAGUGAGCGUGACUUGGUGGUUCAGUACGCAUGCAUCAAAUGAGAUGAUAGCAACGGUGUGAAGUGAGGUCGAUUGCAGUGACAGGUUGAAUAACACUCCAAAUGGUGGUUCAGCCGUGUGAUGCAAUCAGUUGGUUGAGCAAUAUAAAUGUGGUAGGCUGUGUAGGUAGAAUCGGAAGGCUCCUUUUGGGGCUAACUCUGGUUGUUGGUAGAGGAGGUGUUAGUGCCUGUAUCGGGUUAAGUUCCGAAAGCCAGACGUGGAGGAGGUCCUGUCUAUGCCUAAUGGUAUAGGAAGUGGCGGAGGUGAUCGUGUAGAGAAUGCCAUUUUCAUCUGAUUGACAGGUGAAGGCAGAGCUCAGUUUGAUGGUUCACUAAAACCUAGUUAAGCUGAGGGGAGCAAGAUAGUUUCCGGUUUGGGAGAAGUAGAAAUUAUUUCAAUGAGUGGUAAUUGGUGAAGACGUGAUUUCACAUUUAGCUUUCAGAACAACUGUGAACCAUCCCUUAAAAGUUAUUGACGUAAGGUACUCACAAAUUGAAAGGCAAAGUAUGGUUUUAGAAAUACUGUCAAUUAUUAUGAUGUCCUUAAUAGUGGACCAUGAUUGCUGAGUGGUAAUUGGUGAAGGCGUGAUUACACAUUUAGCUUUCAGAACAACUGUGAACAUUCCCUUAACAAAUAUUAACGUCUUUAUUUGUUAAGUUGUGUAUGAUAAAUUGUAUGGAAUAUGGGUUGAAUUGUGCAGGUUGUUCAUCAUUAUUUAACAAGAAAUCUACGUAAUUGUCGGCACUAAACGUCGAUAUAGGAUGAAAUAAUGAUAUGAACCGGGAUUCAGAUGUGACAUUGAUAAGUGUGUGCGAGUGCUUGAUGUGUGUACAUGGGGUUACCUUAGUGAGGGUUUAGGUAUUGAUGCUAUCCCAAACAAAACAGCAGAUUGGAUAGGGGUUGUUAGUUAUGUGAGGAGUACAUUGCAAGGCCAAGCAUAGCCUUGCUGAAAAGGCCAUCGUCAUCUCUGAUUCAGAGGUGGAGGCGGAAGCUCCGGUCGAAGUUAUACCGUAGUCUCGGCAGGCGGAGGGUGCUGAUAGUUCGGCUCUCCUCCGAGGUUGAGGACUCCGGUUGAAUGUUAGGCAGUGUGGAUGGCAAGGAGGUGAGGGUGACGUGGGAGUUGGCUCCAACCGGAGAGGACACAGGACUCAGUCUCUCAGAGAUGGAGGUGGAUAUUCCGGUUGGAUGAUGAGGUGGAGGUGAGAGAGAUGGCCGUAGUCCCAGAAUCUGGGAGGGUCCAGUUUGAGGAGGAUAUGCAGGUGGUGGGAAGAUGGUGUGGUCUGAGAGUGGGGGUGCCUAGAAAUGCGGCGCCGUCCGCAUUGGGUUGUCACUUUCACUGGAGCCACACAUUAAGUAAUCGGUCAUGCGGGCCCAGUGGGCUCGUACACCGGCAGGGGGGGGGGGGAACUAGAGUGGUGUAUGGAUUGGUGUGGUUUUGACCAGAUUUCUGGUGGGUCAUGUGGGGGAAGGGCUAUGAGCUGUGUGGUGUAAUAUAUGGUGUAACCUGGGGACGGGCAGCUCAGUGGGUGGGAAUAAAUAAUUUUGAUAUUCUCCUGAUGACUUAAAUGCCUUAGAAUUGGUUAUGUAUUAAAAAAUUAUAAGGUUAAACCUUAGACGGGGAUUGGAAAGCUAAAUUGGGCUAGGGAGGGGGGCUUGUUAGAACGGGGAGGAGUGUGGUGGAGACCGGUUUGACUUGGCCGUUCGGACCCCAAAUGCGGUGACUUCUGGGAAAUGGUCUUCAGUUCCGGUUCUGCUAUUCCUAGACGAUUCUGUUGUAUUACGUUCUCCUUGGAAAUCCAAGAUGUCCUGGGUGAUCCUCAGUUCGAGUGAUCCAAGCCAACGACAGAGCGAAUGCUAUCGACCCUACCUAUCCUGAUAACCAGUUUGUUUUCUAUGAUGAUGUGCCACUAUACUGGGACGCAUGGGAUGUCAUGGACUAUCACAUGGAAACUGGGAAACCAGUGCGGACCGUGAUAUAAGAAGCUGAUAUUGUUUAGAAAGGACCACUGAGGGCUUCUUUAAAGGUGAGCUUACAAAUCAGCGCUCACAGCUCUUUCACCCAGUACAUCAGUCUGGAUACUGAGGCCCCAUAUCUGCGUUUCCAAACAGAGGUACAUGUAAGAUAGCAUGAGAACCGCAAGAUGUUGAUGGUGGAAUUCCCAACAAGCGUUCACACCCGUGAGGUCACAUAUGAUAUCCAGUUUGGGCACAUCAAGCGGGGUAGCCAUAGAAACACCUCCUGGGACACUGCCAGGUUUGAGGUUUGUGGACAUAUAUGGUCUGACCUCUCAGAGCAUGGGUUUGGAGUGUCAGUCCUCAAUGACAGCAAGUAUGGACACUCAGCCUUGGACAAUGUGCUCAGGAUGUCACUGUAGACUGCGAUCCCCAAAGGCUCCUGACAAUAUGGCAGAUAUGGAGACACACACAUUCACAUACGCCUUUAUGGCACAUCAUGGAUCAUUCCAGGAAGCAGACGUUAACAAGCAUGCCUACUGCUUGAACAAUCCUCUAAUUGUACAGCAGCAACAUGAGGACAAGACUCCUGCGACAUUAUCUGUGUUCAAGAUGUCUUCAAACCAGGUCGUCUUGGAGACAGUGAAAAAGAGUGAAGAUGACAAGGCAUUGAUAUUGCGUUUCUACGAGUCGUUUGGAGGAAUGUGUACUGUUACUAUGACAACCAUGUUAAAGUUCAAACUAGUGCAAGUAGUGAAUGGUCUAGAGGAAGAUAUGAACAUGUGGCCUGGUCUCAAUCUGACACGUUCAGAUGGCAGCGUCCACUUCACUCUGAGGGCGUUCCAGAUAAUCUCGCUCAAACUUCUUCUCUAGAUUGGACACAUAUAAUCACAUAGCUCAGUUUUAUCUAGAGUAGCCUCAUUGUAUGGAUAUUCAUGGAGACAAAUUAUAUUUGUUGUUAUUUGUUUUGUUUUUAUUGUGUUAAUUGGUAGCUGUUAAAAUUUGAUUCACUUUAUGAUUAUAUGUAGUAAUAUAAUCAGUAGUUAUCUUAUUUUUUUCUCUGAUUCUUUCACUUGCUUUGUUCAUAUGCAUAUUAAUCCUAGCAAAAAUGAUGUAUAAUUGGUAAGCGUAAUUCUUAUCUUGCCUAAGUGCGUGUGUGUGUGUUCUUGACCAUAUCAUGUUUCUGUGCGCAUCUCCUCCAACAUUUAACAAUCGAUUACUACGUAUAUGAUUGCCGUUUUUCUUCUCUUUUUUUUUAUUAAUAUAAAAAUUGCAAAUGUGUACUUAUUUGAAAUAUUAUGCACCUGUGGCAGGAUGCACUAUCUGGGACAGCUUCUUGUAUAUAUUUACUUUUAUCCCACAAUAGCGAGCAGAGUGUGGAAAACAGUUUGCAUACAACAUUUAAUACUGGUACAGAGCAUAGGUAUACUAUGCUUACCUAGGGAAAGUCUGAAUAGCUUAUAUAGCUAACAUAAUAUGUCUAUUUUCAUGGUAGCAAUCCAACGUACUAAAACACUUGUUUUCAUUGGACAUUUUGUAAAUGUAAUUACAUAAUAUAGCAAAAGAAGCAUUCAUGAUUAUAACACAAGGUACUUUGCUUACAUAUUGAAACAAUUAUCCAUGUGGUGUAUGUUUUUUAUGAUGAUCAGUUUUAUUAAUUCAUAUGAUUAAUACUGUUUAUAAACGUUCCUUUUUUGUUGUUUUUCUUAAAGAUAUAAAUUUGUUGUCGUAUAUUGUUAAGAUUAUCUCUGUGAUGUAUGUUUUUAUGGUGAUAAGUUUUAUAAAGUCAUGUAACCUUUUGUAAAGUUGUUUAGUAACGACCACUUUGUUUGUUGUUUUAGUUAACGACACAGGCUAAAUACAAUAAACAAUUAAUGAGACCAAUGCAAUUUUGUAUUUUUGUUUUUAUCCUUGCAAUAAAAAAAACUAAGUUGACCUUGGUAGUCUUUUCAUUUACAGCUGGGGGCUGACAUAAUAUUGUUAUUUUUGCCAUGUAUGUCCGUCCAUCAAUCCUUAACCUCGCUUAAAUGAUUGUGUUCCAUUCUAUGUUUAGAAUACUGCCGAUUGUUGAUUAAUUGCAUU